GAGUUUGAUUCCACCCAGGGCAGUGUGUGCAAAGAGUUUGUAUGUUCUCUAGUUUCCUCCCAAAUACAUACGGGCAGGUCUGAUCCUGAUAACUAAAUGUGUGGGAAUGUGAUAGGUUAGAUAAUAAAGAGCACAAGGAAGUUUUUGCAGGAGAUAAUUAAUUCUGGCAGGGUGGAGACACCAUAGGAACAGGUGGAGAGACUAUAGGAUUCCUGGGGUGUCACCUGUAGAACUUGUUACUCAAAUUAUUGCAACUGAAAGUAAAAUCCAAUUUGGUCUGAGUUGUACUGGAAAGAACACAGAGAAAUAUCUCCCACUGGGGCCCUAAUAAACUGACACAAGACAGGGACCCCCAGGGAUGGAGAGAAAACUGGGAACCAGCCUGAAUCCCCCCAUCCUAUUCUGCUUUCUACUGGUCUUACUGCCGGGAACUGAAACACUAGAAGUGAAAGUGAGCGACUCAGCAGUGAAAGUAGUGAAGGAACAAGAUGUGUUUAUCCCAUGUACAAUCAGUGGAUACGGCAGCACAGAACUGGAUCUACAGCUUCUCUCUGUCCAUUGGAGCCGGGGAUCUGACCCAGUUUAUAUCUAUGACAGAGGCUCCCCCAACCCCAUCAGGACUGGAUCAGAAUUAGACGUUCGUCUGAUUAAAGGCAACGCUGGGCUGUACCUGCCGCAGGUACAAAUGAAUGAAGAGGGACAAUAUACCUGCACUGUUACUUAUAAUAAUGAGGGGGCAGAGGGGACAUCUUCUCUGGAGGUGUCAGUUAAACCCAGUGCCAGGCUGGUGCCCUCUGAUGUUAUUAUAGAGGAAGGAACAGAGAGGGGGGUUACAUGUCACGCCAAUAAUUAUUACCCAGAAAUGAUAAAGUUCCAGUGGAUAAAACAUCUCAAUGUCACUCAACAUGUUGUUCUGCGCCAAGGAGUCUCCACCAAUGAGCCGCUAGAGAAUGGGGACGGAACCUUCAAUGUAACCAGUCAGCUGAUGUUAAAGCCUUCGCUGGGGCAUGAUGGGGAAAAGUAUUCCUGUAUCAUAUCCCACAGAUCCCUGGGAAACUCUCUUGUUCUUGAUUUUAUUCUGUCUGUAAAGGAGUGGCGUUCCAUAAUGAUCGGAGCUGUGGUUGGAACUCUCGCUGCAGUGAUACUUGUGGCAGGAAUUUGUUGCGGCUAUUUCAUGUUUAUGAAAAAAGAGCCGCCCAGACUUUCUCCAAUAAUGGGAUCAGAACUUUUGCUCCAUGAGAAAAAGGCGACUCUGUCCUUCCAGAUCUCUGGUUUUCGGCCCAGGGACAUUCAAAUUACUAUAAAUUUGAAAAGAAAAGGGGGAGAAUCAGCUAAAAUUUACUCAUGGAAUUCUGAGGUACAAACUGGUUCCUCUGCCCCACGGGACACAGACGGAUGGGACGUGGCAGAGAUGAAACAGUUAUUGAGAAAUGGGGAGAUGAAUGUGCCCCCAGCACAGAGGCAGCUGCGAGUGGAAAUGGUUAAUGUAAUAAGAACAAAUAAAAGGGGCAUUUCCAACUGUCAGUGCACAAUCCAUAUAACUCCAGACAUAGAGGAAGAUGAUGGAGCAGAACUGACAGUGAAGGUCACUCACUCUGCCCUGAGACUCCCCAUCUCUGAGUCCUGUCGGCUGCAAGUGAACGAAGAGACAAUGUUACUGGUGAUGGAUGAGGAUUAUAGAGUGAGAGUUGGCCCAGCACCCCGGGACCCUACAGAUAAUUUUCAUGAAAGGGCAAUAACACUUGGGAGACUUGAUGGAUUAGAGAACAUUGCCUUGAGUCCAACUGGGAAACUCUUUGCCAUCCGAGAGGGAAAUCUCUACAGCGGCCCAGUAUCAUCUUGUACAAACCAAAUCUUGUUUUCCCCUGACAGAAGAAAUGAGCACACUGGGUGGGACAUGUUUAAACUUAUCUCAGUUGACCCCAGGGGGCUUCUAUGUGCAGUUAAACAUUCAGGAACAGUUUUUAGGGGUCCACACCCAGACAAUGAAAGCCAGAACUGGAUUGGUGACCUGGGUGUAUAUGUAGGGCAGUAUAACUGCAGUGAUGUUGACUCUGUCUUCUUUGACCCCCAAGGUUCUUUAUAUGCAAAAACAAGUGACGGUCAGAUUAAGAUGUGGGUCAAACCAGCAGAGACAGAUAGUGAUUGGUUGGAUUUAGGAACCGCACUCAGACAAAGAGACGACAGAGAUUCUCCCCAUGUGAUUUCUUUCUGCCCUGAGGGAAACCUCUGGUGGGUCAGUGAGGCUGAAGGCAAACUGUAUAAAGGGCCACAGCCAACUCAACACAAUCCAGGAUAUUGGGGGGUCGCCACGUUCUUGGGUCAGGACUAUAAUCGGUACAGACUGUUUGGGUUCAUAGGAGGAACAUUCAUUCAGAGGAUUCAGAAGUUUGAAUUCUUACCUGAACUGGGAAAAAUUGUCACAGAAAUGAAUAUAAUAGUAAAUGUAAAGACCUAUGAUAAUAGCAAAGGGGACAACACACUCAAUGACACUUUCAGUUUUGAGGAAACCAUAAAGGAAACAAGCAGAUUUAUUUAUGAUCAUAACAUUGUGUUUAUGGAGGAGGCAGAAACCACUUUCAUGGAGGGAAUUCCUGUCAUUGACACGGGAAGAGAUUCCAAGAUUUCACUUGAUAAUAACAUCACUCACCGGUGGGAUUUCACCAACACCAAUGAACGAGAGGUUACUUUAUCUUUACAAGAACCUGUUGUGGUUGCUAUUGGUAAAGCUGUACAUAUGGAGGUCUCAGUCCAGAAAGCCAAAAUAAGUGUUCCCUAUAAGGUCCGGCUACUCACAGGCCAAGGCCACACUAUAACCAUUGAAGGCAGUUGGGAAGGAACCACCUUCUAUAAUCUGAGGGCGACACCAAGAAAAGCCAGAGGAGGGAAGAGUUACUCAUACUGUGCACCAAAAAGCAUUUGGAAAGAGUAGAGUUUCUUCAAUCUAAAGUCAAUGGGACACUAUGGCCGGGGAAGGGACAUUUCCUCUGAAAGUUCUGAAAGUUCAAUAACAGAAGAUGGGCGAGAAAGUGACAGCUGGAGUAAUGACACAUACAAUGCAACACAAAGUCAAAACAUGGACUAUUGCAGUGAUUAAACUUUGGGGCAAAAUGGUUUUCCCGGGUUCCAAGCAAAAAUAAGAUUAUCCGCUAUAUAAACCUGUUGACCCCCAAUUGUGCAUGCAUUACAGGUGACCCGUGAGCCCCCCUACAGUGGAAGCAGAAAUGUUCUGUCCAUGGUUGUGUGGGGUCAAUAAACACUUCUUCAGUAAAUAAACCACUGGACUAGUACACGUAUGUUAGUUACAGAUAAGAUGAGCAAUAUCUAAGCAGUAUGGAUGUUUGACUUUAGUAAAAUGAUGUGAAAGGACCAGUAACAUCAAAAAGCAUUUUUUUAAAUUCAUUUGUAUCUAAUGAAAAGGAGACGAUCCAUU